AUGAGAUUCAAGAAAGGGACUAAGGUGGAAGUUCUAAGCAAAGCUGAGGUGCCUUCUGGCUCCUGGUUAUGUGCAGAGAUCAUCCGUGGUAAGGACCACCAUUACACUGUUAAGUAUGAGGGAUUUCAAGGUGAUACUGGUGAGGCAAUCGUGGGGCGAGUUUCAAGGAAAUCCAUAAGACCAUGUCCGCCUGCACUUGAACUCGUGGCGAACUGGACUCCAGGUGAAAUUGUAGAAGUGUAUCAGAAUUUUUCUUGGAAGAUGGCUACUGUUUUGAAGGUUUUGGGAAAAAAGUGCAUUUCUGUUAGGUUAGUUGGAUCUUCUUUGGAAUUCCAAGUUAGCAAAUUUGACAUCAGGGUGAGACAGUCCUGGCAAGAUGACAAGUGGUUUGUGGUUGGAAAGGGCUCUGCUACCUGUGAUAAUGGAAAGCGUUUUAGUGCGCAACUUCUGAAGAUAGACACGAAGACAAAACUGUCAGCUUCUGAUUACUAUCAACCUGAAAAGGAAGAACUGAAUAAUCUGGAAACCCGCCCUGUUUCUUUUAAAACAUUGAAACGAGGACGCCAUUCACAAGUUGAGGCAUAUGCUGAACCUCUGCCUAAAUUAAGAGCAAUUGAGAAUGAAGGCAGAUGUUACAGAGCAAGAGUUAGAAACCCAUCCACCCCACUUAAUCAUGUACAUAAUAUCAGUUUUCCAAGAGACGUGCCAGCUGAAGAAUGUAUACAUGCUGUAAACAACAGGAGAACUGGGAUUGUUGAUAUGGACAUAGAGAGGAGGAAACAAAAUGCUGCUGUGGGUUGUUCAUUUGGACAGAACUUUGAAUUAAACUGUGCUGAUAGUGUUAUAUGCUCUGUUGGUAGCUGUAGUAUCACUAGCGGGAAUUCCUAUAAAUUGCAAUUUCCUGUAUCUGCAGGUCCAUUUGAAGAUGUAGACAGUCCAUACAGCGAUGCUGAAUCUACCUGCAAGAGGGGAUAUCUUGAAAAGACUUAUUCCCCUCCCACACGAAGAGAAUUGGCCACAAAAAUUCAUAGGUUAGAGUUGCAUGCCUAUCGUUGUACAAUUGAGGCAUUGUAUGCAUCAGGACCUUUAAGUUGGGAACAAGAAGCAUUAAUGACAAACCUCCGUCUUUCACUCAACAUAUCAAACGAUGAACAUUUAUUGGAGCUAAGAAACUUGAUUUCUUCUGAAAAUAUUAUUCCUUUCAGAUGA